AUGGCAAUAAGUGUAUAUGAAAAAUUGGGUCAGAAAAUAAAACCUAAAUCAACAUGUUCUAAAUCAUCAAAUUUAAACUCAUGUCUUAUGAAAGUAGAGUACGAAGCGAGUGGGAGUUCAGUUAGUAUCAAGAAUGAUUCUACAAAUAGGACGUCUCCAUAUCUUUCGGGAGACAAAGUACAUUUACAUUCAAGAGUAACCGAAAGGAAACUAAUCCACAAGAAGACGGAUUUUGUCUCCUCGUAUCCAUUAGCUGUUAAUAUCUACAAAGCUAACUCGGAUGAAUUCAAAUUUAAACGUAGUAAUAAGAAAGUCAAGAAGUCUGUACUGACUCUACCAAACGAGCCCACACCCGUGCCACAACUGUGUACUGUCAGUGAUAUGACCGAGUCCGAAUAUUUCAAUGAAAAUAAGGAUGAACGUAAACCAAAAACUAGAAAAAAAAGAACCGUACAAAAUAAUAGAAAACUUAGCAAAAAUAAAAACAUUGAUAUCUAUGACAGGGACGCACGUUACUGUUCACAGCUUAAUGUUGAUUUAGAUAGCAGUUCAACUGACUUUAUAAACCGAUUUCCCGGUGAUGGUAAGAAAAAGUCGCGACGUAAACCUAAGAAGACCGAUGUCAAACCUCAUGAUGUGUGGGCGAUGCUCAGGAACAUGAAUCAGUUUCAAUUUGUACCAUCAGCGCCAAUGUCACAGGACAGCAUGGUAUCAAUAAAGAGGUCUAAUUUGAUGUCAAAAAGAAACAAUUGCCGAGACGCUAGGUUAAUUGAGACAUGCCGAACAGAGGAAUUCGCUUACAUCUCCAAUUAUGUUGACAAUAGCCAUUCACAGUCAAGCUUAGAUCGAGUAACGGUCAUUGAUAAACAGGAAGACUAUCAAAAAAUAUGUAAAGAAAUUGAGAAGAGUGUUGAAAGUUGUAAAACCAAGUUUUCUAAGGCCAACCAGAAGAAAAGUAAGCCUAAAGUUACGAAAAAAACAAAUUUGAAAUCUAUUACAAAUAAUGUGAACAAUGUCGAAAGCAAUAAGCGUCAGGUAAAUGAGGCCCCAACGAACGACAUUCGCGCUGUUGUAAACGAUCAAAAAAAUGACACAAGCGGCGUUAAAUUAUAUUCUAUAGGCAAUGAAAAUAAUGAUCAAUUCUGUGAGUACAAUGACUCAAAUCAAACAAAUCUACCACAAAGUGUAGACCUUGUGAAGCAAGAACAACAGGGUAAAAAAGAGGAUUAUAGACAGCGUAAGAAGACAAAACAACAAAUAAGUGGCAUCACGAAGGUAGUUGUUAGCAAAGGAAACAAUGUCAGUCAAGAACUAGAUUAUGAUGAGGGCAAAAAUUCAGAUAUAACAUAUAUUGUAGCAGCCCCAAUACCUAAACCCUCUGAACAAGAAAAUACAGCACCGCUUAUUACUGAAACCUCUCCCAUUAAGACAAAGCGAGGGAAACUCGCAAGUGGAGGAAAAAUAAAAGCAGUGAACAAUAGUGAGAAUAAAAUUAACAAAGCUAAAAGCAAUUCUAAUGCUAUAUCACACAAAAUAAAAACAAAGGACGAGACAAGUGACUUAGAAAAAAAUGCAAUAAAUACUCUUGACACUGAUAUUAAACAAAAACGUCAGCUCAAAGAUAAAAUGAUGCACUUACUGUAUAAGAAACAUCAAGAUGUUAUAGAUAAAGGUGCUUGUGAUAGCACAAUAGCGGAAAACGCUGUCGUAGAAGUUGGAACUAAUACUCAGAUAGAAUAUGAUACUUCGGAAAAUACGAAUUCAAUAAAAGAUAUGACAGAAUUAAGAAAGAAUUCUUCAUCCAAACGGUACUGGGCAAAAGGAAAAUGGGCGAGCGAUUUUAUUGACAGCGUGAUCAGAAAAAUAAGGAGCGGAGUCUAUUACAGUCAUGAAGAUAAGCCACCGGUUAAAUAUAAAUUGGGUAAAAAAGAAAAUUCGUCCCAAACUGACAUCAGUCAUCACAUUAUUCCAAAACCACAAUUUUUGAUAACAUCCAGAGACGUUCACUUCAACCCUCCGAGACAAAAUGUUAAAACUUUUAACCGGACCAAAAAUGUCGAAAAAGUUCCUUUAAACGAUGAAAUACAUUACAACAAACCUAAUUUACCUGUAAGAGAAGAUCACAAAAAGAUUAAUUUUGAAGAUUUUGAUAACAAUCACCAAAUAAACUUCCAAAAAAAUCUAACACAACAAAGAGAAACGGUAAAAUCUUUAUCUCCAGUAAAACACUCCUGGGUUGAAGGGAAAUGGGCGAGUGAUUUUAUUGACAAUAUCUUCAAGAAGAUUAAGAAUGGAGUUUAUUACACACACGAAGAACACUGCCAGUGUAAAAAUCAGAAUAUCACUAUAGAUGAUUCGUCGCAGACGGACGGCCACAAUUUAAAUUCAAAUUUUUAUCCAAUCACUGAAGUGGAUAUUAUACAAAAAAGCAAUAUUCAAGAUAACAAUUGCUGCGACUCAUUAAUUCCUUUACCUGGCUUUGAUGCCGCUCCAAACGAUUUAGAAAUUGAGACGUAUAACCAAAAACAAAUAGUUGUAAAGAAUUGCGUUACAAAUGUCGUUGUAAAGUUCGACGUCCAACUACCAGUCGAUACUUGUCAAAGUCUACAAGUUAAACAAUCCCUUUCUUGUAUUCCUGUUGCUAUCACCGAUGACCAGACAAAAAUAUUCAAAUCCAAAACGACUAUCAUAAAUGCCUUCUUACCAGCCGAACUCUGCAGUAUUUUACCAAUGAUUAUGAACAAAAUAAUUACGUCUAAUACAAAAUUGGCUUUACCAAAAAUUAAGGUCGCUAAAGUCGAGUCGAAUUUGUCAACAAUAACUGAAUUGACGAGAUCCGAUAGCCUGGAAUUUCCUAAGCAAAUUUCUCUCAUGCUUUCCGAGCCUAGAACUGACUUAUUAUUUAAUAUGAAGCCUAUGGAAAUAGUGAAUUUUAAAUCGGAGCCAUCACCACUGCUAGAAUUAAAACAUGAUAUACCUGAAGUUGUCUUACAAAGUUGUUCAAUAAUACCUCAAAGAGUAAUUUGUAUGGCGUUACAAAUAUACAACCCUCACAAUCAAGUUGUUCCAGCAUAUGAGAGAUUUAACAUUAAAUCUUACAUUGAAAGUCUGAUAUACACGAAAGCUUUGACGAUGGUUAAAAACACCCUACUGAUGAGAAAUUGGAAGACUGAUAUAACGCCACGGCAAGCGUUUUUGGUUUUGCUAUUAGCAAAUAAAAAGGAUACUUCAAGCGUCUUGAGAUAUCGACCACUUAUACUGCAAGGCAUAGCCGUCAGUAGAAUCACAAAAUCCUCGGAACUUGAUAUGGAAAUCGAAGUUAUAGAGGGAGAAAAGUUAAACAGACUAUCACAGCAGUUCGAAGGAAUAUCAUAUGUACCGGCGUCGGUAGAAAAUCAAGAUGCACUUUUAGAGGAGCUUUAUUGGAUAGCUAAAACUACCGCAUCAGAUUAUCAAAGGCCAUUCGACGAGUCAUCCGAACGCCUCUUGAAAUCUCUGCUAGAAAAGAGGAAAAAACUAAAUCCGUCAUAUCUUCGAGUAAUGGCUCGAUACGUGGGUCUUGGUCUUUUAAAAUCUUCGAAAUAA